CUCCGGGGACGAGCCGCCGCUGCUGUUGCUGCUGCUGCUCCCCUCGCGGGGCCCAGCUCCCGAGGGCGUUGAGAUGCUGGGGAAAGGGGUGGGCGGUGGCGGCGGCUCCAAGACGCCCAAGCCCUCCUUCGUGUCCUACGUGCGCCCCGAGGAAAUACACACAAAUGAAAAUGAAGUAACAGAGAAGGAAGUAAAUCUUCACUUGUUACCAGGUGAACAACUGCUUUGUGAAGCCAGCACAGUGCUUAAGUGUAUCCAGGAUGAUUCAGGUCAGCAUGGAAUCUGUGGGAAACUCGUUUGCACAGACUUCAAGAUUGCCUUCCUCGGAGAUGAGUCUACGUUGGAUGAUAAUGAGCCUCAAUUUAAGAAUAAGGUGAUAGGAGAAAAUGAUAUUACGUUACACUGUGUUGACCAAAUUUAUGGAGUGUUUGAUGAGAAAAAAAAACCAUUGUUUGGACAACUGAAGAAAUACCCUGAAAAGCUCAUCAUCCACUGCAAAGACCUCCGAGUAUUUCACUUCUGCCUGAGGUACACGAAGGAAGAGGAAGUUAAAAGGAUUGUCAGUGGCAUAAUUCAUCAUACCCAGGCUCCUAAACUACUUAAAAGAUUGUUUCUAUUUUCCUAUGCAAGUGCUAAACAAAACAAUCCAGCCACAGGUCCCCCACACCAAACCGUGAUGUUUGACACAAUUAAGGACUGGCGUUGGGAGUUGGAACGAACGAAAGGAAACAUAAAAUACAAAGCAGUGAGUGCCAAUGAAGGCUAUAAAGUCUGUGAAAAGCUGCCAGCCUACUUUGUUGUUCCUGUUUCUCUUUCUGAAGAGGAUAUCUCAUGUUUUCAAGGACGAGGUAUACCUAUUUGGUGCUGGUCUUGCCAUAAUGGUUGUGCCCUUCUGAAAAUGUCAGCUUUCCCCAAAGAACAAGAUGACUCCAAUUUACAGAUACAAAAAGCCUUCUUGGAUGGAAUUUACAAGACCAUCCACAAGCCACCUUAUGAAAAUUUAAAAACUGAAGAACUGUCAAAUACCUUCAUAUCCCUACAGGAAAUCCAGACUUCAUACUCUAAAUUUAAACAGCUGUUCCUAAUAGACAACAGUUCUGAAUUUUGGGACACAGACGUGAAAUGGUUUUCAUUAUUGGAAAGUAGCAACUGGCUGGAUAUCAUCAGACGCUGUCUGAAAAAAGCAAUAGAAGUUAUUGAAUGUCUGGAAGUACAAAACACAAAUGUUCUUCUCAUAGAGGAGAAUGCGUCUGACCUGUGCUGCAUAAUCUCCUCUCUGGUACAAGUGAUGAUGGACCCAUACUGCAGAACCAGGUUUGGUUUUCAGAGCCUCAUCCAAAAGGAAUGGAUAAUGGGUGGGCACUGUUUCUUGGAUCGAUGCAACCAUCUACGCCAGAAUGAUAAAGAAGAGGUUCCCGUUUUCCUGCUUUUCUUAGACUGUGUUUGGCAGUUGGUCCAGCAGCAUCCUCCAGCUUUCGAGUUCACAGAGACUUACUUGACUGUUUUGUCAGAUAGCCUGUACAUACCUAUCUUUAGUACCUUCUUCUUCAAUUCACCGUAUCAGAAAGAUACUAAUGUGGGUAAGGAAAGCCAGGACUCACAAAGCAAGCCUUUGAGUCUCCUCACCGUUUGGGAUUGGUCUGUGCAGUUUGAACCUAAGGCUCAGAUUUUGCUCAACAAUCCUCUUUAUGUAGAAAAGUCAAAACCAGAUAGAAACCAGCGGAGAGCACCACAUUUUAAACAUCAGCGACAGCUUUCUCUACCACUUACCCAAACAAAAUCAUCUCCCAAAAGAGGAUUUUUCAGAGAAGAAACCGACCACUUGAUCAAAAACCUUCUGGGCAAGAGAAUUAGCAAACUAAUUAAUUCCUCUGAUGAACCUCAUGACAGUUUUCGAGAAUUCUAUGAUAGCUGGCACAGCAAAACUGUUGACUAUCACGGACUGUUACUUCCUCACAUAGAGGGUCCAGAAAUCAAAGUCUGGGCCCAGCGCUGCCUGCGUUGGAUUCCAGAAGCCCAGAUCCUGGGUGGUGGCCCAGUGGCCACAAUGAACAAAGUCUUGGAAAUGAUGGAAGAGGUUCAGAGCUUGCAAAAGAAAAUUGAUGAGAAGCACAACAGCCUCAUGGCCCCUCCCCUGGAUGCCCUUUCCCUGCUAAGGAAGCCUGCCCGUCUGUCCUCUUUAUUUCCUUUUGCUUUGCUCCAGAGACAUUCAUCCAAGCCAGUCUUGCCCACCAAUAGUUGGAAAGCCUUGGGAGAUGAAGAAGACUUGGCCAAACAAGAAGAUGAGUUUGUUGAUCUAGGUGAUGUGUGACUUAAUUUUUCUUUUUUCAGUUGCUCAGAAACUGUGGAGAAGGAGGAACAUUGAAGACUGUAGUGGAUGUCAAAUAUUUUGUCUCUAGGCACUAAAAUAUAUCCUAGUAUGGCCUAAUAUGGUGAGGGUUUUUGUGAUUUCAGCUAUGUCAUCACUGACCCAGUGGUUAGGAAAACUGAUGGUUCUUGUUUUGCAUUUUUUUUAAACAUGGUUAAUGAAAGACUAUGCAACUGAAGCUAUCUCUAGGAAUGUUAAUUAAUUUGCAAGGUGUUAUAGCUUGACACUUGAAUAAGAUCAUGUCCGUUUAGGUAACUUUUUAUAAAGCAAUGAUAAGGAAGAUGUUUUUAUAUCUAGAUUAUGGCUAAAGGACUUGAUCGAUUAUUCUUGGUCUUAACACUUUGCUGACAUUGUUUCUGUGCCAAAAUUGUUGUUACCCAGUCAAUAAGAAGAGUCAGAUUUCUUAUCCGUGUCAUUUUAAGAUACCUCUAAAAAUGCAUUUGUAUUAAAAGAAUCAAAAGAUUUAUUUAGGGAAUGGGAGGGAUGUGAAGAUGUUAUGGUGUAUGUUUAAACAAAACAGUUCAUUGUUCUCUACGUCUCAGCCAUAGAAAACCUGAGAAAAUUCCAGAUCCUUGACUUUCUGGUCAUUCCUUUUCACCCUUCCAUUGUUUAGCUUUGUAGAUGAUAAAAAGAGCAGAUUUAGUAACCCAUUUUCAUAUGCUAGUAGCUGUAUGUCCUUCUCUACACCUCAUUCCCUCAUUCAUGUAUUUAUUCAGCAAAAUGUAUUAAGCACCUUCUCUGUGCAAGAUGCUAUCUAGCUGCACUUAUUUGCAUUCCUCCACUUUCUUGAUGCCUUGGUAUGCUUAUUUCUAGCUGCUUGCUGCUAAUUCUACUAGUCAGACUGAGGUUUUCUUCAGUUUACUAGGGGAACCUUCAAUUCCUUCUGGAGAAGCUGAAUUUUUCAUCUGAGCCUCCCAGUAUUUGAAGCGAACUGCUUAACAUUUCUCUUAGUGUGCACUGAGACUCUAGACCUCAGUUACUAGAGCAUUAAAAACCGUAGCCUUCUGUGGCAACCCCAUAGUUGUCCUUUGAUAGUGUCUGUCCCCUGUGCAGACUGAUGGAAUAUGAUCCUUUUUGAAUGUGGCUUUCACUUAGGAAAGCAUUUGGACAUUGGAAUCAAGAGUUGCUGAAUAUCUUAUAGUACCUCAGUGAUUUUAAAAGCCAUAGAAGAAACAUGAUUUUAUGCCUGACACCUCUUUUAGAUCUGCUGUGUGAAUAAUCUAUUUUUAUGCAAAAAAGUACACUUUGUAAGGACCAGUUAUUUUGCUCCUGAUAUGACCUGUCAAAUUCUACAUGAGAAAGAAAAAAAAUCUCAUUUGUUAAGAGAUUUCUAAUUAAUGUUUCCCUUUUGUAUUUGUACGUUUGAUAUCUAGUAAUAGACCCUCCUGUAAUUGUUCAAUGUUGGAAAAAGCUUUUAAUUGCUCAAGGACAAUGACAAAGAAUGUUGAAACUGUGUUCGAGGAGUUUCUAAGUUUGCACUGAAUCAUCUAUAUACGUACAGAAAAUUUUUGACUGUUCUCCCAUCUCCAUAUUAAUUUAUGAGCCAGGUUGAAUCUAUUUAGAUGAGAGAUGUUGAGACUGGGAGAGAAUAGGAUUAAUGGGGAUGGGGGCAGGAGUACUCACAAAAGGUUCAAAUCCCGAUUGCCUUAUGAGUCUUAGUAGUGAGGACAGUGUUAAACUUUCAAUAGCAAUUUUUACAAGGACACUAGUUCCAUAGCUCCCUUCAGUUACAUGGGCCUUCUUCAACUAGCACUAACCUCUCUACACUGCUCCACUUUCUCAUGCCCCUCCCCACCCUCCAAAUACACUAUGGAGCUAUUUUGGUUACCAUGUUAUGAAGUGAAUAUUUAUACAGUAGCCUAUAAAAUCCUUGGAUUUUGAGUAAACGUGCAUUCCAAAAAUGCUUUGUGUGAUGCUUUAUGCUCCAGAAAUCUUGGGUUAAAGUCACAUGUCUGUGACCAUUGUAAUAGUAGUUGAAUGUGCAUUGAAAUAUUUUUAUAUACUUUUGAAAACUGUAGUCCAGGAAAAGAAGAUUAAGCUGUUAUAAUUUGUAAGGUCAUGACAGUUAUGUAUUUAUAUUUGAAAUCAUAUUUCUAUAACUUGUGUUUGUGUAUAAAAUUCUCAAAUGGGUUUAUAUAUUGUGAAAUUUUUAUUAAAGAUUAAAACAUGGGAAGUGCUUAAUUGUAAAAGCUGAAGUGAAACCAUUUAAAACCUUGUUGAAAAUGCUGCACUGCAAGUUUAGAAAUGUACAUUAAUUUACUGUAUAUAAUGGCCUGAAUUUCUCUUUAUACCUCCAAGUUUUUACACUGAAUACAAACUAGCUUUAAUUGAAUUUAUGCCUGUUUUUGAGGUGUUUUUUUUUAUUUGAGGAAUAAGCUGUUGGGCAAAAUCUGUAUAAAUUUGCUUUUUAUUUUACUGUAUGUACAAUUAGAGUUUAUACUUGUAUCACACUGCAUCAUAUCUGAUUGCAGGAAUUAAA